AACGGAUCCAGAGUCUCGCGUGUCAUCUGAAUGAAACCCGACCCUUUCCCUUCCCGUCUCCUCCUUCAAAUUUUUCGGGGAAGGAAAUUCGCAAGAAAAUUAAACUCGGAAAACCAAUAAAAAUAUUUAAUAAUCCACUUAAUAAACCCAAAAAAGAAAAAGAAAAAAAAGAAAAAUACCCCCUUGAAAAAAAAAAAAAGGAACGUUUCUUUAUCCCGCGCAACUCCCUUCUCAUUCUCUUUCCCAAUCAAAUUCCCCAAUCUAGGUCUCAAAUUAGAGCCUUCUAAUACUGAUUCUUGAAUAUUCUUUCGUUUCAAUUAACCCUAGGAAUAAUAAUUGGGUGACCCGACCCGGAGUUCUUGAUGGAAGAUAAGAGUGGUGGUGGCGGAGGAGCCGGUAGUGGUGGUGGUGGUGAGCCCUCGAGAGUGGUGGCGCCGAAGGUAAUGAAGGCUGGUGACCGGCAAGUUUUCACGGUUGAGCUCCGGCCAGGUGAGACCACGUAUGUUUCGUGGAAGAAGCUUGUCAAAGACGCCAACCGGGGCAAUGGAUCUUCUGCCGCUGCAGCCAUGGUUGCGGUGGCGACGUCAGCACCUGAGCCGCCUCCUAAUGCCCACCCUAACCUGCAGUCUCGCAUCGCCCCUGGACAAGCGGCAGAAAAAGAAACCAAAGAUGAACCUCCUCCAAAUCGAUUCAGUGCUGUUAUUGAGAAGAUUGAACGUCUUUACAUGGGUAAAGAUAGCAGUGAUGAGGAAGAACUGGAUGAAACUCCAGAUGAUGAUCAAUAUGACACAGAAGACUCUUUUAUUGAUGAUGCGGAGCUGGACGAGUAUUUUGAAGUUGAUAAUUCAGCAAUAAAACAUGACGGAUUCUUUGUUAAUAGGGGAAAGUUGGAAAGAGUAAAUGAACCCCUUGUUAUACUGAACCAGCAGCCCAAGAAAAGGCGAAGAAAAGAUGCUGCAAAACCUGCUGGUGAGAGUGAUGAUGGUCGUGUGUCAAAUAAACAUGUAAAGGCUGCAAAGAUGACUCCGGGGAGGGCUGAACCAUCUCUUGGGAGGAAUAAUUCUAAUCAUUCUCAGAAUUUGACUGCAUUAAAUGAACAAUAUGGGGAUGUAAAAGCUCAGAAUCAACUAUCAGUUUCUGGUAUUUCUUCCAAGAAGAAAUCUUCUGAAACAAGACUAGCAUUGGAUCCUUCUUCAUAUUUGAAAGUUUCAAAUGGUAAUACUUCUGUACCUUUGGCAGAUGUGAAGGAUACGGAAAAGUCAAAGAUGGGAGUUCUGCAGUCAAAAAAUGUUGUCAGUAACAAAUUGAAAGAUGCAAGUGGGUCCUAUGAUGUUUUGCAUCAGAAAUACCAUGAUAAAAAUGCUUACUUACAAUCCAAAUCCCCACAUGGAAAACCAAUUGGUAAUGUUGAUGAGCUUGAACUAUCAGUUCGACUGAGAGAAAAAAAUGGCAUCCGUGAACUGCAAGACACUAAUGUUUCUGAUGGCAAAUAUGCUAUGCAUACAGCGAAAUCUUCACACAUGCAGAAAAGGGAUGGUUCUACUCUUAGGCCCAAAAGUUCAAUGCUUGAAAAGGCCAUUAGGGAGCUAGAGAAGAUGGUUGCAGAAUCAAGGCCACCUGCAAUGGAAAAUCAAGACGCUGAUAAUUCAUCCCAGGGUAUUAAGAGGAGAUUGCCUAGAGAAAUAAAAUUCAAGCUUGCUAAAGUUGCUAGAUUAGCGGCAAGUCAGGGGAAAGUAUCUAAGGAGUUACUAAAUCGCCUUAUGAGUAUCCUUGGCCACUUAAUACAGCUAAGAACACUUAAGAGGAACCUCAAAAUCAUGAUUAGUACAGGUUUGUCAGCAAAGCAAGAAAAAGAUGAUAGAUUUCAACAGGUAAAGAAGGAAGUUGUUGAGAUGAUAAAGACAAAAGUUCCUUCUCUUGAGCCAAAGGCAUUGGAGCAACAAGCCGGAGCUUCUGAUGAUUUUCAAGAAGUUGGUACUGAAGAAAGAGCUCUUAAAAGGAAAUUUAGCAUGGAUACGUCAUUGGAGGACAAGAUUUGUGAUCUUUAUGACCUCUAUGUUGAUGGAUUGGAUGAAGAUUCAGGUCCACAAAUCAGAAAGCUUUACAUAGAGCUUGCACAGCUGUGGCCAAAUGGUCUGAUGGACAACCAUGGGAUUAAACGUGCAAUUUGUAGGGCAAAGGAAAGGCGGAGAGCAAUGUACAACAGACAUAAGGAUCAGGAGAAAAUCAGGAGGAAAAAGAUGUUGGCACCAAGACUGGAGGAGAGUGUUCGAGUGGAGUCUGCCUCAAGUGCUCAGAUACAGCACUCGCGAGAGAGGUUGGCUCCUGAUUCUGGUAGUCAUGCUAUACCUUCAACUAAUAAGUCAGUUUCAAGUGCACCAGCAGGUGCUGUCCGGACUCCAAGUCCCUCAACAAAUGGUUCCAGUUUGGACCGACUAAAACAGGAUAAGUUAAAGGGCAUCUCAAGCAAUGCCAUGGAUGAAAUGAAGGUGGCAGAUGGCUCAUUGCCAAAGAAAAAGGUAAAGAGGAAGCCUGAAAUGGAGUUGGAUGAAACUCAUUUCCGUCCAGAGAAGCUACCUCUGCAACAGGGGGACGAAAGACACAAGUCCACGAAGCAGCCUGUAAAUCUUCCCCCGAAAUCAAGCCUUCCGCCAACUGCUACAGGUUUCGAACAGUCAAGCUAACGUCAUGUAGUUCAUUUAGGAGUUCACACCAUAAAAAAAAAAAAUGCGUGUGAUAAGUGCCUUUUUUAUUUUGUUCUUCCCUUCUCUACUCCUCCUCACCCUUUUAGAUUUAUUGCUUAACUCUAUGGUGAGCUUCAUUCCUUCUCACUGACCAACUGAUUUGUCACCUUAUCUGCUACCAAUUUUUGUAAUUAAAGGUUCUUCCUCUUGCACUCAAGAGUUACAUGUUAAAUAGGAGAGCAAAAAGCUGUAAUAUUCUUGCGCAAAUGUAUGUGCAUGACGUCAGGCACUCUCUUUUUUA